GAUUAGUGUGUGCAUGGGGUCCUCUGCUUGUCACCCGUCGUCGAUAAAUGAAAUCUUACUUCUCCCAGCAAACGACAUUUUCCUGAGCAGGACAAAAUGUUUCGCCGGUCAAGAUUCAGUAUUCGGCCCAAUGUCGGUCCUGUAGGGAGAACAGCAGCGACACCUCAGGAAGCCCCUUCAGUAAACCAGGAGGCCGGUGAGACCCCCAAAGAUCUCAGUGAGAGCAGCACUGCUACUGCUGUGACUGAUAACAAGUCUGUUGUCUCCCCAUCAGAAAAACCUUCAGCCUCAGGGGAUGGUAAUGACCAAAAUGGGGAAGGUACCAGCUCCUCAGCAGCAGUCCAGAGAAGGAAGCGGUUUUCGAUCAAACCCAAGGUGGCCCCUGGCCGCCCCUCCACCAUUGCUCGGAAGUCCCCUGCCAAGGCAGUCUCUGUUGAAGUCUCAGACCUUGACAAGCCAACAACGUCCAGCCAGGCUGAGACUCCAGCAGCCCCUCCGGGUCUCCAGUCUCCAAGGCGACGGAGAACUUCAGAAGACAGCAAGCAGCCCAAAGUGCAGCCGAAACCCACCAUCAUCCCUUCUGACAGUUCAGGACCUGCAACUGUUCCUCCAGCUGAGGACUCACAGGAACAAACCCUUCUACCAGCGGACUGCGGCAAACAAUUAGAAAGCUCGUCAGGCAGUCAAAUUCAAGAAGUUCCUUCGAGAUUACCAGAUAAAGUGCCCCCCUCUCUGCCAGACAGAGAAGCUAUUGAGAUAUCAGAGAAAGCCAAGACUCUAGUGUCAUCUAAGAGUGGACUUUCGCUGUCACCUCCGGCGUUCUCCUUGAGUAGACUCCUGAACGAUCCAUCAGACUUACAGAGGAUUGCAAAGGCCCAAAAGCUCAGAGAGUUGCUCAGACAGGAGAUGCACAAAGAAAAGAAAAUCAAGAGAGCUAAGGCCCGUGCAAGGGAAUAUAGUUUAGAUCCUGCUAAAAUGACCAUGAGGGAUCUUAUCCGUUACCUACCGCUGUCUAACCCCAUGUCGUCUAGUUUAGACGACAGAGCUUCGGAGAAUGAGACUGUGGUCCCACCUUCUCCAGGAAGAGAAGUGUCACCAGAGAGAGCGCAGGAGCCUGAAGUCCCCUCUACAGCUGCAAGCCCGAGGGAGGGGGAGGGAGAAGAGGAGGCGGCAGAGGAAGAGCAGGAAGAAGCGUUCAUGGUUCCUCAGGUCAAAGUAGCGGAGGACGGCUCGCUGAUCAUCGAUGAAGAGAGCUUGACAGUGGAAGUCCAGCGAGCCAAAGGGCCAAACCCAGCUCAGGAUCGAGACCCUAUCUUUGAGCGUGGCUCCACCACAACCUACUCAAGCUUCAGGAAGGGGACCUAUUCGAAACCCUGGUCCAAUGAAGAGACGGACAUGUUCUUUCUGGCCGUUAGCAUGGUGGGGACAGACUUCUCCAUGAUUUGUCAACUGUUUCCUCACAGAGCUCGAUCAGAGAUAAAGAACAAAUUCAAAAAAGAAGAGCGAGUGAAUGCGUGGAGGAUUGACAAAGCUUUCAGAGAGAGGCGCAAACUUGACAUCGAGUAUUUCUCUAAGCUGCUUGAGAAGAUUCUGGAAUUUCAGAAAAACAGGAAGAAACUCAAGUCACUCGCUGAUAAGAACUCCCCCAAGAAGCGCAAGAGAAAGGCAAAGGGCAAAAAGGCUGCAAAGAAGCUGAGUGAUGUGGAGGAAGAGGAUGAGGAAGAAGAUGAUGAAAUUCCUCACGAGGAGGAGGAGGAGGAGGAGGAGGAAGGUGAGAAAGAGAACGAGGACCUCUGCAAUGAGGGAGGAACUGCUGCUUCUAAGCCGAAGAAGAAACGCAAACGGAAGAGUAAACAGGACGCUUCAACUGAGGAGCCAAAUGACAAGAAAAAGAAAACUGGUGAAAAAAGCAAUGAACAAGAUGAGGCCUGCAUUCCUGAAGAUGCUGAGGCAGCACUUCCAGAGGACCACACAGACCCAGACAUGUCUGGAGAAAGUGAGAAUGUGAAUGCAGCCAAGGAAACCGCAAUCAAGCCAGCUAAACUCUCACGAGGCAGAGCACCAAAACCACUGCUGCAUUUGGGCCGGAAGUGGGGUAAAAAAGCUCCACCACCUUCCACAGAUAAAGGGGACGAGACAGUGAAUGAUGGAGCCUCUGAUGAGCAGGGAAAUAAAAAUGCGUCACCUAUACGGCAAGUCAAUAAGAAGUCAGCUGAUGAUGACAUUUCCUCUGAAGAAGAGGGUGGAACCAAUCAACCUCCAAGACCUACCAGGUAUGGGAGGGUUCCCAAACCCACCAACCUCUUGAUUUACCCUGCCAAAGAUGAUGCACAGUCCUCUGCAUCUGAAACCACUGGUGCCUCACCAGCGGGGCCCACUGCUUCUGCUGCCAAGCCUAAACCCAAAUGCACAUCAAAGAGGGGGAGAUCAUCAAAGCCACAAUCAGCCCAAGAGUCCAAAAAGCCCAAACUAGUCACCCUCAGGGCCUCUCAGUCAGAUUACAGUGACGAGGAGAGUGAAAAGCAGUGGGAGGAAGAGGAGGUGGACGAGGAGCAGCACCCUGCAUGUAGCUCCACUAAGGACAGCGUUGCCCCUGUGUUUGUGCCUGCCAGCCUGCGCUCGCCACCUCCUGUGAUUUCAGAAGUGGAAGAGACCAUGGAGGAGCUUGAUAUCUUGGCCAAUAUGCCUGAUGUGUUGGGCAUCUCCCAAGAUGCUCUGUGCCCUGAUGCCACAUGUGAGCUGGCACAAAAUGAGACAGGCACAGCUGAACCGUGUGAACAUCAGUUGGACCUGCUCGUUGAUGUUAUAGACUUCCUUUCUUCAGAUCACACAGAAGUGUGUGAAGACGAUGGGUACAAUGAGGCUGCUCAAACCCUGUUGGCCAUCGGCAACCUGGCUCACCUCUCUCAGUCAGCUCAGAAUCAAACAACCAUACCAGAUCACACAACAGAAACAACGUUGGUCAGUGUGGACGAAACCAAGCAACCACAUGUUGAUGUAGAGAUUGCACAAGAGCCUGCUGCACAAGAGGAAGACUGUGCUACUCCUUUUGCAACUCAUGGUCAAGGAGUCACAGAAACACCAGAAACUGUUGACACUGUGGAGCUACAAAACACCACAACUGACGAUGGUGACAUGCCCAUUACUGAAACCAGCGAUCAGAAGACUGGUCCUGAUAUAGAUCCUACGCCUCAGAUGCAGUCGUGUCCAGAGAGUUCAAACAAAAACUCUCCACAAACCAGGAAAGGACGCCUAUCCAAGGUGAAACCAAAACCUAACCUAGGCCAAGCCUUAAGAAGUGCACAUUCAAAAUCCCAACCAGAGACAUCAACAGUAAAGACAAGUGUAGAUGCCUUUGGUCUUUCUCAAGCCACUGAAACACAAGAAACCCCUAAGAUGGAAAACGAUAGUCCAAAUUUGCCAGUGGAUGAAAUUUCUUGUAUAGAAGUCAAACUUAUAGAAGGGCCAUCUGGCAGUCAGGAGAUGUCUUUGGAUGUUGUGAAAUCAGGUGAAGCAGCAUCAGAUCAGAGUGCCUCUGAAAACCAGAGUCACUGCUCUUCUGGAACCCUGUUUGAACCCAGUCUGGAACAGGCCACCGGAGACGCAACUAAGACUAGUUGUCAUGAUCUGGUGACAUCCGUCACAGCAGUCGCAGAAGGGACAAACGUAGAUUCAGCUCCAGUCCAACAGAGCAGCGACCAUCCUGCUCCAUGUGUCACACCUGCAGAAGACUUAACUGUCAGUCAGAAAGAGGAGAGUGAAGCUGGAUCUACUCGCCAGACCAGAAAGAGUCGAUUCCAGAAGGUCAAACCAAAACCCAACCUGGCACAGACAUCAAGAACUGUACAUUCUAGACCUGAAACCACAAAAGAGACCGAAGAGAAAGACUGCAACCAAACUCCAAAACCCAAAUUCCAUAAAAUAACAACAGUAGAUGCUGAAGCUGAACCAACUGGCUGCACCUCUCCUGAAAAACCAAGUCUAAGCACUGGUCCUGCUUCAGAUUUGAUACCAUCAUUUGAUUUAGGCUGUAGUCUUGCACCCACAGAGGAGCUGUCUACAACUGAUGGGGAAAAGGCAGCUGUUGGAGUUGUUGGUCAGAUAGAAUCAGGCGCAGCAACGUCAGACCAGAGUGCUUCGGAAUACCAGAAAUUACCUGAAGCCCAGUCUGAACCCAGUAGGGAGCAGGCCUUUAGAGACAUAAGGCCAGCAUCUGAGUCCACAGAAUCACAAGUUGGACAAGGGUCAAACAUGGACUCAACAUCUGUCCAAGAGAGCAGCGUCCAUCCUGCUCUGUGUGUUACACAUGCAGAAGAGUCAGCUGUCAGUCAGAAAGAAGAGAUUGAAGCUGCAUCUACCUCCCAGUCAAUGAGAGGUCAAUUAGAAAGAGACAACCCCAAACCCAGCUUACCGAAAACAUCAAGAUCUGUGAGGUCCAAACCUGAAGCCACAAAAGACCCUGUCAUGCACAUGCAGCUUGUGGAGAAACCCUCCAGACCAACCUCACAGCCUCACAACACAAUAGCAGACAUAGAGCCAACUUGCAGUUCCACCCCGCCUGGAAAACCAGGUCAAAUGAAAAGUGCUGCUUCAGUUUCAGUACCAUCACUGGAAUUAUGCUCUACUCAUAAACCCACGGAGGAAUUAUGUUCAACUGAGGGCCAAAAGACAGAUGUUGGAAGUGCACCAGACUCAGAGGGCUCAGAACAAAGUGUACCUCAGACAAGGCGACGCUUUCCCAAGGUCAAACCCAAACCCAAUUUGGCAUCAUCCACAAGAACUAUACAGACAAAGCUGAGGUCAAGUGACGUCAGUAAACCCUCUGAACUGUGCCAUAUGGACACCUCUACAAAUGUAACCUCAGAACAACAGCCUGUGGACAAUAGCACAGAGAAAGACAACAAGCAGUUGACAUCAGCACAUCGUUCAUUCCACACAGAACUUCUCAGCUCCACAAAGUUAGGACCUUCAGAGUCAGAGAAGCCACUAGACAGCACAGUUGAUGAGGGUACGUCAUCCGAUGGUACUGUCAUAGCAAUGUCUCCAGUUGCUGAGAAUCCGACUGUGUUGACAGACUCAGUUCUUGACAGUAAGAGCAGUGAAAAACCAGUUGAAGGGGAAUCCACAGCGGACGGGGUGGAGGCUGGACCUUCUUCUCAGUGGGACUGCAAACAGGACUUGAACAUUGGAGCAACAGAAACAAAUAACCAACCGACAGAUGAUCCAACUGCAAUUUCAGGAGAUGGUUCAACAGAUUCAAAGAGUACAUCUGUACUCUCUACUACAACACAGUCCACACCAGAUCCAAAAGAAAGCACUCUGCAGCCAUGUUCAGUGGAUGACCCAGAGCGACAAAGCUCUGCCACUGAAACGAACCAAACGCCUGCACAAAGCACUGAUGAUCAGGAGUCAGAGUCAACUGAUUCUUCCAAGUUCUCAAGAAAAGCUCCUCAGACUCGUAGAGGCCGGCUUGUUAAACCCAAACCCAACCUGGGACGCAGCAGGGACCCUCCACAGCCCCAACAAGUCCAGAAUAUAAAACAAGCAGGAGCAGAUUCUGGUACUCGCUCGGAGGGUAUGGAUGCUUCAGCUUCCCUGCAACCUGUGUCUGAAGUCCGACCCGAUGUUCAGGAACCAGCAGAGGGAGCUAGUGAGCAAUGUAGCAACCUAAUCCCCCCUCCAAAUGUAGCUGGAUUCUCCCUGAGCUGUGAGGCACAAGUACCUGACAGUUGUCCGCAGGAUGCUACAACAUCCAGUACAAGUCAUCCAGGUCUCGCACUGUUUCCAGACAUGCUGUCGGUGCAGGUGCCUUCAGAUCCAGAUGAACCGUUUUUCAUCCUCUCUUUGACUGAGAUCCCGGUGUGUUCAUCAGGGGAGGUGGUGGACAGCGUGUCUGAGCCCCUUUCUUAUCUUCCUGCAGCAGACGCAUCGGCACAGCAACAGAGCACUGUUCCUGGAGAGGGUUUGGAAACAGUGAGAGAUGAGGCUCUCUCUAAUGCCACUCUGCCUGUGUCCACGGAGGAGAGUGGUGGGACAGGCCUCAUAAAUGUCAAAGACACUGCACCUCACCCAGCUGCAUAUAUAGGUUCAGUCAUGGAGAAUCCAGUGGAUCCACAUGAGAGUUCUACAGUCCAGCCAGAGACUAUAGAGGAUAAUGAGACUGAGCGUCCAUCUACAAAGCAGAGACGAACGGGCUCUGGAAGAACAGCCAAACGGCAGGUUAAGCCCAAAGCUCCGACAAAGAGACAAGCCAGGAAGACCCCGGCUGCCAAGGGAGCGGCGCCAAUCCCCAUCCAGGACUCUGAGGACUCAGAGCUUCCCAGGCCCUCUGUGCAGAAAGGAAGCGAUUAUACAGACAUAGAAAAGGAGACUCAAUCAGGUGGGAAAGACCCUGAGGAUAGCAGCUCGAGAGCACAGAAGAGGAGGACCGGCACACGGAAUAGAAAACCCAAAGACUUCCCUUCCUACGUCUCUGAGACAAACAACACUGCCCCUUCAAAAAGCACCAAAGCAGCGUCUGAGAGCCCUAAGGUCAAAACUCCACAUGCAGCAGGAAAACAAUCCACGCCAGCACCUGUAGCCUCGACGUCACAUGAUGUAGCUCCCACACCGGGUCCGUCAGGGCCAGAGGAAACCCACUCAACACCCUCGACCACAACAGAGGUGGACAUCGACCAGCACAGCCGGCUGUGCCCAGACCCAACUCCUGCCAUUUCUGCCUGCACAGCCGAGGUUGCAGUUUCUCAGCAAAUUGACAGCAGCAUGGACAGCAGCUCCAACGAGGACGAGCCCACCAAUGUGUCUCAGUACUUCUUAAGUGACAUUUUUACAGACGUGGAGGAGGGAUAGAAGCCAUAGAGUGGUGGAGUGAGAGAGGGAACUUCCCGUUUUUAGAGUUUUGUUGUUGUCUGUAAAGGUUAAUUUAUAACUAAAAGUUCUGUUUUGUUUUUACUGUCCGUUUUAGUAACGUCAAAUCACAUUUACUGGACUGAAAAAAUGCAUUUUCACUUUCACAAGCACUUUGAAUAUGUACUGUUUCAGUUUGGUUCAGUGUUGUUUCAGUUUGCCUUUUGCAGCAGCCAAUAGUUCAGAUGGUAAGUCUUGAAUUGUACCCAUUUAUUGCCAAACCACUGGCAAAUUUGCUGUCACCCAAAGAGGUGGCAGCUUUUUCCCAAGUACUCAUUGUUUCAAGCCUCAGCUUCCCUGACUUGGUUAUCAACUACCUGUGAACAUGUAAAUAUUGUACAAUAGCAAACUUUUUGACUUUUUUCACAUGUGUUCUGUUAACAGACCACACGAUUGGUCUCAGGAAGAAAAAACAGAUGACUUGCCAUCAUGUACAGUUGCAUGUUUAAAGGCAUUAUCUUUUUAACACCUCUUUAAUAAUCCGCUCUAAUCUGAAACAUUUGUUGUAGGGAUGUAUUAAAAUUAACUUUUUUAGUUCAGUUAAUAAAACUGCAAAUUCAGCCCAUGCAGAGCAGAGGUAGGCAGACUUCAGGGGUUUUUUGUACUGUAUAUAGUGUAGAUGAGAUGAUGUUCAGUGGUCCUUGUACAGAGACGCGGCAUUCAGAUUAUUUCAUACUUGAAGCGAAAACACGUGAAGUCUUAUCUACCUUCAAUGUUUCAUUAGUUCAUCGAAAGUAAAAUGUGGAAUGAUUGAAGAUCUGAAUAAAAUAGAUU